CUUGCCGCUUUUCGCCAUUGGUGUCGUUGGUGUCUUGUUGUCGCUGGUGCCUUGUAGUCGCUGGUGUCUUGUCAUUGCUGGUGUCGUCAUUGGUAUCGUUGUUAUCGCUGGUGUCGUUGUUGUCGUUGGUUUGGUGCCGCUGUUAGAUUUC